AUGACACCGAGACGACUGCCAGUGAGACAGCUGGUGAUACUUUCAAUAUGCCGGUUCGCAGAGCCAAUCGCCCUCACGUCCGUCUUCCCCUACCUCCCCGAAAUGAUCGAGAGCUUCGGAGUUGCUCAGAAUGAUAUUGCAAGAUGGGCUGGCCUGACAAGUUCAGUGUUCUCAGCUUGCCAGUGCGUCACUGGUAUACCAUGGGGCGCUGCUUCCGAUCGAUUUGGCCGCAAGACUGUGAUCUUGAUUGGCUUGUGUAAUACCAUGAUAUGCAUGUUAAUCUGGGGCUUCUCGACGUCUUUGCCUAUGGCUUUCGCAGCCAGAGCACUCCAGGGAGCGGGCAAUGGAAACGUGGGAAUCCUGCGGACAGUGGUGGCGGAACUGUGCCCUUGGAGAGAGCUGCAACCAAGGGCUUUUAGUAUCAUGCCUCUCGUCUACACGCUUGGGGCUAUAAUCGGACCGAUGAUCGGCGGUGCUCUGUCAAAUCCCUUACAGACAGAUCCUCGAAAACCUCGAGGCACUAAAUUCCUGGAAAAGUAUCCGUAUGCGUUGCCAAAUUUGAUAGCUGCUGUAUUAUUCCUUACUGGCAUUCUUACCGGAUUCCUUUUCCUCCAAGAAACACUGGAGUCUAAGAAGAACCAGCGAGAUAUUGGCAUAGUCCUAGGAAAGAAAUUGACCGCCUAUUUUAGGCGCGUAGUCAGGACUCUGACCAGGAAAGAAAAUACAGAUCGCGAAAGGGAGCCCCUCCUAAAUAAGAAAUCACCAGGCCCCGCGACAAGGCCUAUCGACGACGAAGAGUCAUUCGCUGCGAACCUCACCUCCACGGUUCAAGCCCCGAAGCCCACCUACAAAGAUGUUCUGACAACACAAACGUCUCUCAAUUUGCUUGUGUAUGCGCUGUUGGCCCUUUAUAGCAUUGCAUUCGACCAACUCAUUCCGGUGUUCCUGCAUCAUCCCGUUCAGGAUCUCAAUGGGCCUGAUGUCGCUCUGCCCUUCAAGUUUGCGAGCGGUUAUGGAGUUGGUUCGCGCGAAACUGGCCUUCUGUUCACAGUCUACAGCGUAGGAGCAUCGGCCUCUCAGCUACUACUCUUCCCUCCUCUCGCUCGGAAACUCGGCGUCCUCCACUGCCUACGAAUCGCCUUCCUCGUCUUCCCACUCAUCUUCCUUCUCACGCCGUUCACUGCGCUUCUGCCGACCAAUGGCUCUAGAUUCGUAGUAAUGGCGGUGCUAAUGAUUAUGCGCGGCAUGGCAGGCACAUUCGCGUUUCCAACCUCCACCAUUUUGCUCACCAAUAGCGCAAGCAGCCUCAGAACACUCGGGACGUUGAAUGGUAUCGCCACCAGCGCUUCCGCCAUCGGCCGAGCCUUUGGACCAGCUAUUGGAGGCGGAAUGUUCACAUUUGGUGUCAAACACGGCUACAUUAUUACCCCAUUCUGGAUACUGGGCGCAAUCUCGCUCCUAGCGGCCAUCCCGACUUUCUUCCUAAUCGAAGGGAAGGGCUUUGCCAACGACGAGGAGGUUGACUCGGAUGAUUCGGACGCCAUUUUGACCUCAGACGACGAGGCCGAUAAAUCAGAUGAGGAGGUCCUAGAAGCUGAGUCUGAGUACGGGGAACCAGGCAAUUUAUUGAGCCACACGGCGUCACGCACCAGUACCGCUCUAAACACGGAUGAUGAAUCGAGCGAUGAUGAGGAUGAGCGCAUAGCGCGUAUACGAUCGACAAGUAUGUCACAUCCCCCGCGAAGGAGGUCUUUGAGGCGGAGGUCCAGUGUUCCGAUUGGCAUGGGGGUAGGUUUCCGCAGAUACAGCUCGAACCUUGGCAGCACUGGCCUGCCGGAAGGCUCUUGGGGUGGGUAG